AUGUUUCAGAUGGGAACUAAGAUCAUCUCAUGGAAUAUCAGGGGUUUGAAUGCUUAUGAAAAACAAGUUGCGGUCAAGGAUUUAAUAGCAGCUCAUAGGUGUUUAGCUUGGUCUAUUCAAGAAACUAAGAUGGUAUCUUUUUCAAAUUUUUUUGUAAGACAACUCUGGUUCGAUAAUGACUUUGGCAUGGAAUUUCUCCCUUAUCAAGGUACUGCUGGCAAUAGUGGUGGUCUGGUAACGAUUUGGGAUAAUGCUAACCUGGAGCUGCUGGAGAAGAGAAUGGGGUUUAACUCAAUCUCAUGCCUUUUUCGCUUUAGAAGUAAUGACUUUAAAUUCAUCCUGACUAAUGCUUACUCUCCUUGUGACUACAAUUUGAGAGAAGUUUUUUUGAAUGACUUAGCAGAGAUACGAUUGUGGUCUUCUGAGGCUUGGUGCUUUACUGGUGAUGCGAACUCGGUAAGAAGUGAUGCAGAGAGAAAUAAACCUGGUGGUGAUACAAGGAAUAUGGACUUUCUAAAUAAUUUUAUCUUUGAUCAUGAGCUGAUGGAUUUACCACUAAACGGGGGGUCUUACACAUGGAGUAACAAACACGACGAUCCUUUAUUUUGCAGUGUUAGAAGAAAUUCAAGUUUCAAGAUUGAGAAUAUUUGGUUAGAACAUACUGAUUUUGUCAAGCUAGUGGAAACUUGGUGGAAUUCUUUGGAGUUUAUUGGUGCACCUGGGAGGGAGGAGGAGGAUUUAACUGAGAAGAUAAAGAUUUUGAAUAUGGCUGAGGAAACUUCUGCUCUUACUCCAGUUCAAGUUGAAGAAAGAUCUGAUUUUCUCAAAUAUUUAAAUAAUGUGAAGGUUACAAGAGCUAUGAUGGCUUAUCAAAGAGCAAAAUCAAAGGGUUUUAGAGAUGGAGAUAAAAACACUCAGUAUUUCCACAAGAUUGCUAAUGGUAAAAGGAGAAGGAAUUACAUUACUAAGCUGGAGGUUGAUGGUGUGGAUAUUUUUAAUCAGGAUGUGAUAAAGAUGGAGAUUCACCAAUACUAUACAGACUUGUUCACUGCUGGGUCAACUGUGUCUCUUACAAUAAUUGGAGUUUAG